UCUCCGAUCGGGCGGCAACAGUUCCGACCACCGAUUCCGACAUCUUCAUUUACAUCACAUGGAGAUUUCGCCACACAUUGUUUUCUCACGUUAUAAUCAUCGGAAAGAGUGUUUCUUCUUGGAUCAACUUCAUUUUUCCGUGAUUCGUCUUUCUUCUUGAAGCACCCCUAUUCAUCUUACUUCAUUAGCUCUCGCUUCAAUUUUUCAAAUUGAUUUGUUCUUUUGUAUAAAAAGACCUGGAAUGAGAGUCCCGAGUAUAGGAUGGCGUCGAUUCCUUUUGUUUCUCCCUCUUCUCUUCAUACUUGCUCAUAUAAUUUCAGUCUCACAAUUGCACCAAGAUUCAAUUAAGCAAGAUGGUCAAAAGAGACAAGCCAAGAAGUUUGAUCAUCUUGUCCUUGGACCUGCUGCAGGAGAAGGUUUCCCAAAUCGCCUGCAAUGUAAAGGUACAAAGGCACUAAGCAAAAUCCAUCAUCUGGCAUCUUCAACUGCGGGAAGAAAUUUACCUGCAUUUCCUGACCAAAUAGGGCAUAGGGAGAGUGUUGCUUUUGUUACUGUCUUUACCACUUACAAUUCUACUGAUAAGCUGACCAAUGCUCAAUCGGAUGACCUUGUUACUGUUGGAACCAUAUCAUAUACUAAGGUUGAAAGAUCGUUGGCCAUUUUGAAUGUUUUCAUCAAUUUCAUUCAGGUGACAAUGCCAGAGAGUAAUGUGAUUAUCCUCACGGAUCCAGCAUCUAAAUUUUCAUUGAGCAGAAAUGGGGUCACUAUUUUUCCAAUUGAAGGUGAUUAUUCGAGAGACAAGUUGAUGCUUCAAAGAAUCAGAUCUUACAUUGCAUUUCUUGAAACAAGGCUUCACGAGCUUCGUGACUCGCAAGGAGAUGUUACUCAUUACAUAUUUACAGAUUCAGAUGUAGCUGUGGUUGAUAACCUAAGCCAAAUAUUCCAUGCCUAUCCAGAUUCUCAAGUUGCACUUACCUUUAGAAAUAAUAAGGAGCAACCUCUUAACUCUGGAUUUAUUGCGGUGAGAGGUACAACAGAUGGAAUCCUUAGGGGGAAGAAGUUAUUGGAAGCAGUACUAGAAGCUUAUGGUUCCAAGUUCAUGAAAGCUAGCAGGAUGCUGGGAGAUCAAUUAGCUCUUGCUUGGGUUGUAAAAUCUCAACCCAACUUUGACGUGAAAAGGUUUACGAAACAACAAGCCUUCACAGAACAGAUCGGUGAUGCCUCGGUGCUAUUCCUUCCUUGUGCGAUCUAUAACUGGACCCCACCAGAAGGCGCAGGUCAAUUUCAUGGAAUGCCAUUAGACGUGAAGGUGGUUCACUUCAAGGGAUCGAGGAAACGUUUGAUGCUGGAAUCGUGGAAUUUUCUUAACUCAUCUUCUGAUGUUUCGGAUAUGUUAUGCCUCGUCUUGAAAAGUGGUCGGACUAAGUAUGAUUUUUGAACAAUGGCUUUCAAGAACUGUAUUUUUCUUUUAUUGUUUGACCAUAUUCAUAUUUUACAUGUCCCUUAUAUCUAUUAUCUCUGUAUAAUUAAUCGCCUGUUGCACAUAGCCAUAAAACAGAUAUAAAAUCAU